CAUUAUAGAAGUUAGUAUAUAAUAGGCUUUAGCUGUAAAGCCUCCCAAAGUUACAGCACUUGUUGGCAAAGGACCCCAUUCUCCGGUUAUUAGUUUCUCUUACAUCUCUUUGGUCUAGUAUUAAUAAGUAUUCAAUAACGAAACUAAGCGGAAUGUUAUUUAAUGAAAAGUUGUAGCUCAGUACAUCAGGGCAGGGAAAGUUUAUUACUGUUUCUUAUCUCCUCGAUCAGGAUCAUAGAGGUAAGUUAGCAAUUUUAUCAGAAAUAAUCAAGUCUCAUUGCUCUCUCUUUUAUACCUUGCUGGAUCCAUGAUCCAAGUCUAUAAUUUGGCAGGAUAUCCUAGCGUAAAUUUAAAAAUAUGAGGGAAAUGGUUUUUAGUGAAAUUGAAGUGAUAAAUCAAGUGCUUUCUAUAUCUUACGCUACAGUAAAUCAUUAAGAGAUGAAAACAAGAAGAGAGUUGUCUAAAGAUAGUACAAGUAUUAAGAAAGCACGGAAUACCACCUCAGACAUUUGAUUUUGGGUUUUUAAUACUUCAUCGCAAUGUUAUUGGAGAUCUCAAAAACCCUCUUCAGCUCCUAAAAUUAGUAAUAAUAAUUUCAGGGUAAGAAAGAAAUUAGUAGCCUAUAUAAAAAGCUAAUAAUUUUGAGGUUUUGAUAAAAUCUAAACUCUACUAAGGUUUACAAAAUUCUUAGACGAUGCAAGAUUUGAAAAUUUUAUCAGAUCUUCUUUUUCAAAAAUAAAUUAAAAUACCAGUUUACAAAAUUUUUAUGACAGUUUCGUUCGAAAUAAAAGUACAACUCCUGCACUAUUCUUAAAAUUACCAAAUCUCAUGUAAAAAUUCUCUAAAACCCAUC